UCAUUAACCAAAAAUUUGGUUUCACAGCUCAGGUUUAAUACGAACCGAUCGGACCCGGUAAGCAUCGUUCAUGGAUAUCUCCAAGACCUCUAUUCUAAACCUCACAAUCCUGAUCUCCCUCCUCGUCACUGGGCUUCUCUAUAUCUUCCUCAUUUCUCCAUCUUCAACCUCACUCUUCCUCCCGAGGACUGCAUUCUCGGCCUGCUCUGGACACAAUAAAUCAGCAGAGUCAGCAGCCCAUGAAGCCCAGCCACAGGACGACCUCGAGCAUGCACUCAGAAAAGCCUCCAUGGCGAACCGUACCGUGAUCAUAGCCAUAGUGAACCAGGCUUAUGCAGACCCUGCAAACUCGGAGGACUCAGACAAGACCAUGCUGGACCUGUUUCUGGAGAGCUUCUGGCUCGGGGAGGGCACGAGGAAGCUCCUCGACCACGUCCUGGUUGUGGCGAUGGAUCGGACGGCCUACAUGAUGUGCAAGUUCCGGAGGCUCAACUGCUACAGGUUAGUGACGGAGGGUGUCGAUUUCGCUGGGGAGAAGCUCUACAUGUCAGAGGAUUUCAUCAAGAUGAUGUGGAGCAGGACUAUCUUCUUAACCGACGUUCUAAGACGGGGUUACAGCUUCAUUUUCACGGAUACAGACGUUCUGUGGUUGAGGAAUCCGUUUGGCCGAUUAAGCAGUAAUGAAACCGAAGAUCUCCAGAUCAGCACCGAUUAUUUCAACGGUGACCCUUGGUCGGAGGCAAACUCCAUCAACACAGGCUUCUACUUCGUGCGAUCAAACAACCUGACAGUCUCAUUGUUCGAAAAAUGGUACUCCAUGAAGGACAACUCUACGGGAAAGAAGGAACAAGAUGUCCUGUUGGACCUAAUGCGAUCGGGCACAUUCAGAGCACUGGGACUUAAAGUUAGGUUUUUGGACACCCUUUACUUCAGCGGGUUCUGUUCCAAUAGUAGAGAUUUUGAGGCAGUCACCACCGUGCAUGCCAACUGCUGCCGAACCAUAGUCGCGAAGAUAUUAGACCUUACAGCAGCUCUUAGGGACUGGAAGCGCUACAAGUUUUCAAACCGGAAUGGCACAGCUCCUUACGUGUGGUCGAAGCAUGUCAAUUGCUUGAAAUCGUGGAGCCCAUAAAUAAUAUGGUUCAUUAGGGCAUAAUAUUUGAAAUUUUAUAUUUAAUUUAUAACGAAGAAAAGAAUCUUAUCAGAGUUAUAAAUAGAAAGAGUAGUUUCAUUUGUUAUUAUCACAUUAAUCUGUAUUUAAUUACAUAUCUAUCUCUGUAUAAUCUAAAUCUUAAUACCAUAAAAAGUUGUCUCUUUUUAAUCUAAAUACUAUA